CCUACCACCCCGUCGAGAAAGCCAUGUCUGCCCCACCGCUUUCCCAGGCUAAUGGUGCUACGAUGACUCCAGAACAAAUACAGGAAAAGUGGGAGCUGGGCAUAUGGCACACGCUCUACAACUGGGAAGACCUCAAAACUGCGAUCCAAAACGGAGAGGGAGAAUCUGAUGGCGAGGAUGUGCGCGAUUGGCUAGCGGGCCGUAUAUCGGAAAUGUUCGACGAGGAUCCAGGAACCGAUGCGUUGGAUAUCGAGGUCGUCCUCCUAGAAACCAUAGAGGACAAUUUUCUUGUCCGACUUGAAACCGACAGCGAGGUCAAGAUUGCACAAAACAUCAUGAAGAUCAGAGACGAAAUAUCCAAAGGCAACUUUUCGACGUUCGAUGCUCUGCAUGCGGAAUGGUUGAAAAACAAGGACAAGCCCCUGCAGAAGGGCAAAAUUCGAGUCGUGGAAACAAAUCAGGACUGGGAAGGCGACAGUGUGGACGAAGAGUCGGAGGACGACGAGGAUGACGAUGUCUCCAUGACCGAUGCCCCCCCACUUGUCCCCGUGAAAGUGAAGCCGGUGCCAGAGGUUGACGAAGAUGGUUUCACAAAAGUCAUUGGGAAGAAAGGACGCUAGGGCUGGCUUUCAUACCUCCUACUCUGUUCUUACGUCUUACGGGUUUCACGGAAAGCUAUGCAUGGAUUCGGAGUUUUGAGGAAAAGUUGAAGGUGCAUGGUAAAUAUGGAGUACAGAUACCCAGGAGACUGAAUGCACGUAUGCUCCAGAAGGCUGCAUCUGGAGUGACUUUUUGCACUUCGGGAAUUUCUUGUAGCCUCGGAAUAUGUCUUGAUUAAUUGCAUUUUAUGUCUAUAUACAUCCUCCUAAAUCAAUUGUAUCCACACGAC